AGGAGAGCGGCUCCAGCGCAUUGUUGUGUUGCAUUGUGCACGAAGGAGCAUGUGACCGGGGGAGGGGGGGGAUGUCAUGUGAUAACUAGUAAAGCUGCGCUCAGAGGCCCAGAGAUGCGGGAGGACUGAGAGAGUGUGCGAGGUGCAAUUGGGUAGUUUCGCAGGCAUCCACAACUGGAAAAGGGUUUUUUUUUUUUCCCUUUUCUCGUUUCUUUCCCGACCCAAGAGCGCAUCAUGGACUGCGGCGUAAUCACCUCCAAGAGCGUCUUGCUCCUGAUCAGCCUCAUCUUUUGGGCUGCUGGAGCUGGACUCGCUUACGUUGGCAGCUACGUUCUUAACACCUCCAAGACCUACGACCCCUUCAAUGAGGACCAGUAUGUCCUCCUGCCAGCUGUCAUUAUCAUUUGCGUUGCCGUGGUGAUGUUCAUCAUUGGGCUGAUUGGAUGCUGCGCCACCCUUCGAGAGUCCCGGAUCGGGCUGGGAGUUUUCUUGUUCAUUAUCCUGCUGAUCUUCAUUGCUGAGGUGUCAGCUUUUGCCCUUGGAUUCAUUUAUAGAGCAAAGGUUGACAGUGAUUUCCGUGAACCGUUGAAGAAUGUUUUCCAGCAGUAUGAUGGGAAGAAUUCUGAGUCUCAUGCCAUAGACUAUUUACAGAAAGAGCUUCAGUGCUGUGGAAUCAACAACUAUACGGACUGGGUCUCCACCCACUGGUACAACACCACCAGCAACCACAGCGUUCCCAUGAGCUGCUGCAAGCCUGAAUUUCAUAACUGCACGGGACGGAUGAGUGAGCCGCAGUAUAUCAACACCGAGGGCUGUGCGGACAAAAUGGUAUCUGCGAUACAGAGUGUUCUCAGCUACGCGAUGCUUGUGGUUUUGGGAUUUGCCAUCGUGAAGUUCUUUGGAAUGCUGAGCAUCUGCGUGCUGACCUGCCGGAGAGAUAACGGUUAUGACCGCUUGCAUUCAGGGGUGUUUGCUUGAUGUGAAGAUGGAGCACGCGACUCUUCCUUUUCUGCUCCUCCACGAUAAAACAAGACUUGGGAAAAACGGUGCCACAGGCAGACAAAAGGGUUACUUCCUUUGAUAAAAAUGGCUGAAAUCUGCCUCUUCAAACAGAAAGAAGAUCGCAUUAGCUUUUAGAAGCUUAUUAAAGAUUUUGAAAUAGCAGCUUUCAUUGACAUAUUCCCUGGUGAUUUGGCUUGAGAACGUUCAAGUGUUUAUCAAAACAUGACGGGAGAUGAUCUUUCCUACGAAGAUACAGCAGAUGGAGCAAUACACCAGGGAAAAAAAGAGUGGAUCUUCUUCCUAUAUUUAAUUUGUGACUCUUUUAAAUUCCUUCAUUCUUAAAGAGAUGGUUUGUGACGCACCUAAUGCUUUGGAUGUAUCUCCCCUGAAACUGUGAAAUGCCACCAACUUCCAGGGCUUUAUUUUUUUUUUUUUGUAGCAGGAACUCCUUUGCAUAUUAGGCCGCACCCUCCAGAUGUAGCCAAUCCACCAAGAGCUUACAGGGCUCUCAGUACAGGGCCUACUGUAAGCUCCAGGAGGAUUGGUUACAUCAGGGGGUGUGGCCUAAUAUGCAGAGGAGUUCUAGAAUUCCACCCCUGCAUAUUAGGCCACACACCCCUGAUGUAGCCAAUCCACCAAGAGCUUACAGGGCUCUCAGUACAGGGCCUGCUGUAAGCUCCAGGAGGAUUGGCUGCAUCAGGGGUGUGUGGCCUAAUAUGCAAAGGAGUUCCUGCUGCAAAAAAAAAAGCCCUGCCAACUUCUGUUUGUUACAGCGAAAUCCCUGAAAUCUGACCCCUUCUGACCAUCUCAGAUGAAUUUUGUGACUGUAGCUUCCUGGUUCUUAGAUCCUGCAAGCUAAUGCUGAUGAUGGCAGAUGACCAGCGACAUUCAGCAUUUUCUCUUACAGUUGCUCUGACAGUUUGUUAGGUGUUUUUGAAUUUCAUCUGCGUUUAUCAGCGUUCCGGCAUGAAUGUCCAUAUUCACCAGCUUCCUGAUAUCUACAGUCAGGGCUUUUUUUGUAGCAGGAACUCUUUUGGAUAUUAGGCCACACCCCUCUGCUGUAGCCAAUCCUCCUGGGGCUUACAGUAGACCCGGUACUAAGAGCCCUGUAAGCUAUUGGAGGAUUGGCUACGUCAGGAGAGUGUGGUCUAAUAUGCAAAGGAGUUCCUGCUACAAAAAACCGUCUACAGUAUUGUAUGCAUCGCUUAGGUGCACGGGUGUGAGAAUGUCCAUUUAAGAAUCCUGCUGAAGACCAAAUGCCUCCCGUCCUGGUUCCGUACAGUACCUGGCCAGGAAGGGCACAAGCGCAGAGUCUGUUUGCAUCCUUCCCAUGUCCCCUCCGCAGCAGCUGAUAUUCAGAGGUUUAUGGCUCCCUCUGACCGUUGAAGCUCUAUUUAGCCACCUUGCUAACAGCGUUUUAUGGACCCAUCCCCUAUGAUUUUUUUUAAAAAAAAAACUCUCAUUUUUAAAGCCAUCUAAAAAUUUCACCGCAUCUUGUGGUGGGGAGUUCCACAGAUCAGUUUUUUGCGUUGUUUGGAAGUACUUUCUUUUGCAAACCCUGAAGCUGGGCCCCUUUUGUUUUCAGGCAGCACUGCCAUGCUGUGUGUGGGCGACUGAACUGAUAAGCGAGCAUUCAUCAGCACGGAUCAAUCAUGUGGGGGUGGAAUUCUAGCAGGAGCUCCUUUGCACAUUAGGCCACACACCCCUGAUGUAGCCAAUCCUCCCAAGAGCUUAGAGGGCCUAUUGUAAGCUCCAGGGAGGAUUGGCUACAUCAGGGGUGUUGGACUAAUGUGCAAAGGAGCUCCUGCUAGAAUUCCACCCCUGUCUACCUGCUGACAGAUCCGUGAGCACAGCUCGCUGCCUUGUUAGUGUUUUGCACUCCAUGAGGCCUUUGUAUUUCAAGCUGCUGGAGCAUACAUGGGAAAUGAAAGUGUCUGGCUAGGUUGAUUCCACUGGGGAGGCAUUCCGGUACACAGUGGGAUUUGCUAGACUAAAGCGCCGAAUUGCGUGUGCUGGAUUCUGCCCGCUGGGAAGAAGGCAGUGUUUAUUACAUUCAAAAACGACUGAUACUAUUUUUGCACUGUAGUGCUAAGAAACCCUGGUCAUUCUUGAGAUUGCCAGCUGCCAGGAGGGGAAAAAAGGUCCUGUCCAGCGGGUUUUUUUUGUAGCAGGAGCUCUUUUGCGUAUUAGGACACACCCCCUGAUGUAGCCAACGCUCCUGGAGCUUAACAGUAGGCCCUGUAAGAAGAGCCCUGUAAGCCCUUGGUGGAUUGGCUACCUAAGAGGGGGUGUGGUCUAAUAUGCAAAGGAGUUCCUGCUACAAAAAAAGCUCUGCUUUUUUUUUCUCCAGGCCUGUUGGCAACUCUGCUUCCAGAUAUUACACUGAAAGAAUCAGCAGAGCUUGAACGGCUGCUUGAAAGGGCACCGUUCCAAAGGGGCAACGCUGUGUUUUUCAUGCUGUAUUUUUGUUUUGCUUUCUUUGAGCCUCUUGGGGUCAGCCUUUAUUUAACGUAUAAUGUGUUUUUGUGCUGUUUUGCGCGUAUGAGACUCACCGAGAUGAUGUAAGGAAAAUAAAGUGACAGGGUUGGAUUUUUUUUAAAUUAAAAUAACUGCUUUAGUUUCUUGAAGAAUAACAGGAUAACAGAGGAAAUAAGAUGGCUCAUCUUCAAUAAAAGUCAUUUUAAUUAAA